UUGUCCAAGACAAUUUUAGUCUACUCGUAAUUUGCAAUUCUUCAUUUCUGACUAAUCAUACUUACAUCUUCCAAUUAUCUCUCUUUACUGAUUCAUUCAAUCUCAGCUGGCCUUCCACUUCCAUAUCUCAGAGCAAAAUGGAGAGAAUGGUUGCGCAAAUUUUCGAGUCGAUUUUUUCAAAGGUGGGGGAGUCAUUUUUGUCAAAGGUGGUGGAGCAGACGGCUGAUAAUGCACACAACAACGUGAAGAAUAUAAAGGACUUUGAGGUCAGUUUAAAAACUCUUGAAAAAAAAUUGAAGUCAUUAAGUGCUAAGGCAUCUGAUGUGGAGGAGGAGAUCAAGAAUGCAGAGCUCUCAGGUCGAAAGAAAAGGAAACGAGAAGUUGAGGAAUGGUUGGAACAAGUCAAAUCCAUUGAAAAAGAAGUUGUUGAGUUGGGGAGUCAAGUAGAUUCACAAGGAUUCGUAAUGAGGUUGAUGGAUGGAGGAAGAGCACCAAAACUAAAUCAUGAAGUUGAUCACCUUGUUGAGCAAAGUCGGAAUUUUGGCGAACUUGUACUUGAUAUUUGUGGGAAUAGGGGCGAGGCAUUUUUGGCAAAUGGGAUGGUUGGUGAAGCAUUUAAUCAUAACUUGGAGAGAAUUUUACAACUUUUGGAGGGUAGAAAAGUGUCGAGCAUUGGUAUUUAUGGUAUGGGUGGUGUGGGCAAAACGACGCUGGCAAAGCACAUAAACAACCGGCUGCUACAGCAACCUCAGAGACGUGUGCUUUGGGUUACGGUCUCUCAAGAAUUUACCAUCACAAGUUUGCAAGACAAAAUAGCUCGUCUUUUAGGUGUGGACCUUUCAGAUGAGGAUGAUGAAGGCAAGAGGGCAGCGAGGCUGCAUAGCGCAUUAUCUCGGAUGAAGAAUUCAGUGCUCAUAUUGGAUGAUGUGUGGGAAAAUAUUGAUAUGUUAAAGGUGGGAUGCCACAUCUCUGUGGAGUGUUGUAGGUUGGUUAUAACAACUCGCUCGUUAAGAGUGUGCCGUCAAAUUCGUUGCCAAGAAGUAAUUCCAGUGAAAAAACUAGGCAAGGACGAGGCGUGGAAGUUAUUCAAUGAAACAUUGGGAAAUGAGAUAGCACUAGGUCCUCAAGUAGAAGAAAUCGCCAAAUCUGUAGCAAAAUUAUGUGAUGGUUUGCCCCUGGGAAUUAUUAGCGUGGCUGGAAGCAUGAGGGGCGAGACAUCCAUUCAUACGUGGACAAAUGCUCUGGCCGAACUAAAGGAAUGUGUCGUGGGGCAAGAUGGCGAGGGAGAAGAUGAGGUUUUCAAAGUAUUAAAAUAUAGUUUUGAUCAGUUGAACAGAACUCAUCAAAGCCUGAGAAAUGAGUUCAAUACGCUUCAACUUUGCUUCCUGUACUGCUCGUUAUAUCCUGAAGACUACCAAAUACUUAAAGAGGAUUUGGUUAGAAAAUUCAUUUGUGAGGGGUUGAUGGAUCAAAGGAAGAGUAGGAGAGGACAAAUUCACCAAGGUCAUUCCAUAUUGGAUAAAUUAGUGAAUGUGUGUUUAUUGGAAAGUGGUGUUAUUUUUGAGGAAUAUGUGAAGAUGCAUGAUCUCGUAAGAGGUAUGGCACUAAAGAUUUGUGAGGGGAAAUAUAUGGUGAGAGCAGGUAAGUACUCUUUAAUAGAAAUCCCCGAUGAACAUGAGUGGACAAAUGGUCUCGAGAAGGUGUCCUUAAUGAUGAGUGGCAUAAAGAGAAUCAGAGAUGGAAUCUCUCCCAACUGUCCUAAUCUCUCAACAUUGAUCUUAUGUGGGAGUCUAUUGGAUACCAUCCCAGAUUCAUUCUUCUCCAAAAUGCAGCGUCUAAGCUCACUCGAUUUGGGUGAAACUGACAUAACGACGCUGCCAGAUUCAAUAUGUGAGAUGAAGUGCCUUAAGACCUUGUUCCUUGACUACUGUUAUAACCUUGAAAAUAUGCCCUACUUGGGGAAUCUAAAAGCACUGAGGGAGUUGAACCUCUCAUAUACAGCCAUCGAGGAAGUGCCUCAAGGAAUUGAGGAAUUGCUCAAUCUCAAGUUCCUUUCAAUGGAUGUGCGUACACUGAAGAUACUUCCAAGAGGAUUGCUGCUCAAACUCGGGAAUCUUCAGCAUGUGAAACUCCCAUUUCAUAUACAAGUACCAAUAGAAGAGAUUGAAAAUCUGAAACAGCUGGAGGAGUUCAGUGGAGGAGUGGAAAAUGUGAAUGAUUUUAAUCGUUUUAUUACAAGUCGGGUGCAUGAUACUUGCUACAGAGUAGGAGUAGGAUACAUCUACACUGCUCGCUACAGAUAUUUCGAAUUGUAUAAUAAUGAGUUAAUCUUGCGCGAAGUCAACCUUAAAGAUGAGAAAGUGUCGGGACAAGGCGUUGUGUACCUGACGAUUAUCCAAUGCCAGGGUCUGAGCAUCUGCUUUGUGGAUGAUUUUUCAGGAUUGAACAAUCCUACAUCCCUCAAGAGAGUGAGCAUCGAAAGUUGUGGAGGAAUAGAGUGCAUUUUGAGUAGUGAUCAAGGACAAGGAGGAUCACUACCGCCACAAAUCUCAACUCUUGAAGAAAUUAAGCUGGUGGAGUUGGAGGAUUUGAAGGGAGUGGUCAAGAAAGAGGAAAUAGGAGCAUCGGUUGCACCUGCAGAAAUCAUGUUUUCCUCUCUUAGAAGGCUAGUUAUUCACAAAUGUAGCAAGAUUGGGAAGCUGGGGUUGCCGGUAUUAGGAGUUCCCAACCUUGAAUAUAUUGAAAUCGAGGUGUGUGGUGAGCUGCAAGAGAUAUUCGAAGAUGACGAAAGAGGUUCUGUCACCCUCUCCAAAUUGAAAAAGUUGAGCUUACUUGAGCUGCCGAGACUGAAGUGCGUAUGCAGGGCAAAAUUGAUUUGCAAAUCCAUCGAGACCAUCGAAAUUGUGCAGUGCCCAAGUUUGGUGAAGAAAUUGCCUCUGCAUUUGGAUGUUUCUCCACCACCCACCCUGAGAGUGAUAGUGUUGGCGGAAGAAUGGUGGGAAUCAUUGGAGUGGGACAGUCUCAAUCUCCCUCAACUCCUCCAUCCAUUCCUUCAACUCUUCUGAAAUUGCUUCCAUUUUGGAUUUAUACAGAUAAACUCGUUUGUAUGUUUCUUGGUUAGAAUUGCUUCUUCCUAAUUUUUAAUACAACUUCGUUAAUGUUGUCCAUGUACAUGAUUCAAUAUACAGAGGCUGCAGGUCAUUUAGUCAUGGAAUAUGCAUAUUUAAGUUUCAUUUAAAAAUGUGUAGUAUUUAGACACCAAUAUCCCCAAGUUUGGCUUGAAUUUUGUAGUACUGUUAAUGUUGUUUAAUUUCAUUUGAAGCAUGUAAUAUACUGCUUUAUGAACAUGGACAUUUCUAAA